UGAAUAUGUAUCAUUCAUAAAUACCUAUUUAUCUGCCAUUGAAUGAUCCUUCUAUAAAGAAUAACUCAUUUAAGUAAUAUAUUUAAGUAAUAAUAUUCAAUUGACUUUUAAUUAAUUGAAACAAACAAACAAAAAGAAAAACAAAACAAAAGAAAAAAGAAAAGAAAAAAAAUCAAUUUUCAAUUAUUCAAUUGUUUAUUGUUUUAUUUAUUCACUCUUGAAUAAACAAAAAGAAAAGAAAAGAAAAAUAUUUUAUAAAUAUGGAUUCAAGUCCUGAUGGAUCAUCGAUCAGUGAAUCAACACUUACUUCUGGAACAUAUACUUUACCAGGUGGUGGAAAUUCACAAAUUCAACGACGUGGUUCAGCUUCUUGUAAAUUUGAAUCUCCUAUUAUUUAUACACCAAACUAUAACUAUAGAAAAAACGAUACAUACGAAAAUUAUCGUCCACUUUCAGCUCCAAAAACUUAUUCUAAUCAUCGUUUACAAGUAAUGAAUUCAGAUCUUUUAAUCAAGUAUCCUGAAUUGGAUUAUUCACAUGAAAAUCAUUCAUCACAGCCUUAUGAUAUACAAAUUCAAUCUAAUAGAAACUAUAAUAUUCGAUCAAGUUAUGAAAUUGAAUUGAAUAAAUAUAAACAUUCUAGUAAUAGAAAUAAUUCCAGUAAUAGAUCCCAUUCAAGAUUCAAUACAAUCACAGGUUCGUUUAAUCAUAAAUCAUUGAAUGAUGGAUUGAAAUUUUAUUCAUCAGUAAGAUCUCGUUCCAAUCCAUUUAAAGUAGACAAUCAUCAUGAGAAUGUAUCUGAUACUCAUGAUCGAUAUAGUUUCCUUCAUUCAGGUAAUGAAUCACAUAGACGUCCACUUCUUUCUAAUUUACAAAAUCAAUUAAAUCCCCCUAAUACAAAUGAUGUAUCAAGAACAUAUAGACCAUUAAGUAGUCAUGAAAAACACUUAUCAACACGUUCACUUUGUUCAAGAUUACCAUCACAAAAACAUCUUGAACAAACUAAUGAGAUUGGUUUAUAUAAAACUGCAAUGUUUGUUAUUCCUGCACCUACUUCUAAUUCUUUACCGAAUGUACAAAAUGAUGAUUUUAUAUCUUAUAGAAAAACUCCCAUGGAUCAAUCAGUUCAUCAUUAUAAUCAUAGUCGUCGUCAACAUCAUCACCAUCAUCAUCAUCAUCAUCGACAUAGAGAUAACAGUGAUGGUUGUCUAAAUACUAAAUAUAAUGAAAAAGUACGUACUUAUAUUUGUAAAGGAUGUGGACGUUCAUCGUUGAAACGUAAGAAAGUGAAAAAUUCAACUUAUUCUCUUGGUAAUUCAUGUAUAUCAUUAGAUAAAUGUUCAACUCCCCAAUUUAUUCAUUCAACUAAUAAUAAUAAUAAUAAUAAUAAUAAUAAUAACAGUCAUCAUUCUCAUCAUGAUAUAGAAGAUGAUUAUGAACGGAUUAUAUUUCAAUCCCCUGAAUAUUCUCAAGAUGAUCAUCGAUAUUAUACAUCAGUGGAUAGAAAAUCUUACAAUUCCAAUAUAAUAAGUAAUAAGUCUCGAUCUAAUGUCAUUCCAAAUAGUAAUGUGAAUAGUUUAAAUCAAAUUGAAUUAUAUGAUCAUUUAUCAAAAAAUUUAAAAUCUUCACAUCAAAUAUCUAAAUUAGAUUGUAAUAAAAUUAUAGUUGAUAUUAAACCAAGACAAAUGAAUGAAGCGGAUAAACAACAACAUAUAACUCAAUGGAUUCAACUUGGUACAUUAGGUGAUACACCUAGUUCACCAACUAUAUCACCAUUACCACCUGAUGAAUAUCAAGAUAAAGAUUUUAUGAUACAUUCAUCAAGAUAUUCUGAGGAACAAGAUAAUAAUAAUAAUAAUGAUAAUGAGGAUGAGGAUGAUGACGAUGAUGACGAUGCUAUUGCUAUAACUACUGAUAAUGAAGAGAAUCAAGAUUACAUUGGUUGGAUCCAUUCAAAAGUAAUCACCCAUAAUCAAGACAUAAAUAACAAGGAAUCAUCUUAUGAACAAUAUAAACAACAAGAAAAUCAUGAUCAUAAUGAUGAUAAAGAUAAAGAAGUGAAAAUACAAAUUAUUAAACAACAAACAGAUUUUACUUUGAAUAAUGAAAAACAUGAAAACCCUCAUGAAGGUAAUUUAAUUAUUAGUCGACCAACAUCUGACUAUACAAAUACUUCGACUAAUGAAAUCAAAUUAGAAUUUGUCAAUAAUCCAAAUCAUAAUCAUCAUCAUCAUAGUAAUUUUAGUAAUACUAAUUACGCUACUGAUAGUGAAAUAAGUAGUAUAAAUAAUAAAAUAAUUAUGGAACCAAUGAAUACAAACUUAAAUCUUCUUCUGAAUAAUUCACUUGGUAAAAAUACUUUAUCAUCUGAACCAUUGAAUGAACCAUCACCUCAAUCAACAUCUACAGAAGAUAUUACUUCUAAUUCUAAAUCUAAUCAUAAGAAUAAAUCUCAAAAUGAACGUAUUAUUACUAUUAAAGAUUUAAGUAGUUUAAAUGAUCCGACUAAAUCAUCUAUAGGUAAACAUUCUUCAUUAUUAAAUCCUAAUAUGGAUUCAAAUGAAUAUAAUGAUACAACAACAUCAUCAUCAUCAUUGAAAUGUAUUCCAUCUAUAUUACCUAAACCAAAAUUAUAUAAUAUGAAUGAAAUCAGUAGUAUGGAAAAACAAAAAAAUCCUACAUUAAUUACAUCAGAAAUACGUUAUAUGAAUAGUAAAAUAUCAAGUCAUUUAUCAAAUACAACAAAUAUUAAUUCAUUAUUAUUAAAUACAAAUUCAAAUCAUAUAGAAUUAUUAAAUGGUUCAACUGAGCUAGCAACUGAUUUAUAUCCAAAUUUAGUGAAAACACGUGAUACACCAAUACCAAAUGUUAAAAGUUUAGUAACCUAUUUUACAGAAUUAAUUAAAGUUCAUACAGAUCUAAAUGAGAUCAAUCAUUCGAAUAAUAAUAACAAUAAUGAUAUAAAUAAAGAAAAAGAUAAUAAUCAUUAUGAUAUUACUUAUAAUCAAUUUAAUAGUAGUAAUAAUAAUAAUGAUAAUGAUAAUGAUGAUUUAGAUAUACCAGCAAAUAUAUCACCAUUUUUAUUACAUCAUGAAACACCUAUUGCAAGAGAACGUCGUUUACAAGCUGUUGAAAUGUUAAGACGUCGUUCAACAAUUCAUAUGACAUAUGAUCGUUAUAGAGUAUUUCCACCUGGUUACAGUACAUCAACAUCACCAUUAUUAGAAAAAUUCAAUCGUAAUAUAAUAAAUAAUAACAGAAAUGACUGUAAUACUACUACUAAUAAUACUACUACUACUACCAAUAAUAAUAAUGUUUGUAAUGAUAAUAAUAAUAAUGAAAACAAUAAUCAUAUAUUUAUAAAGCAACAUAAUAUUGAUCCUAUUCAUCGAUCCAUUUCAUCACCAAAAUAUCAAGUACGUAUGCAAGCCAAUUUACAAAAAGAUUCAACAGCUAUAGUUGCCUAAUAGAUUUUUUUUUCGGGGGUGAGAGUGGGGGUGGAAAUUAUUUUAAUACAUUUAGAUCAUUAAUAAUAAUAAUAAUAAUCAUCAUCAUCGAACGUUGGUUUUUUUCUUCACAAUUUUUUAUCUCUUUGGCAUCACCUCCACCCUUUUUAAAAUUUUCUUGACCAUUUUUUUCUUUGUUCUUUCCAUUCCCUUUUUUAUUUCAUUUUAACGAUAAUUUUAAAUUAUUCUGUUAUUAUCCAUGAAAGUUUUUGUAAUUUUUUUCGUAGUUUCUUCCCGCUCCCCCCCACUUUUCGUUUUCCUUUAUUUCUUCUCCUCUAUUUUUGUUUUCAUCUCAAGUUCAACAGAAUAGUUGAUUUUUUUCACCUUAUGAACCAUAAUUUUAAAUCAAUUUUGGACUAUGGAUAGAAGUUUUUGUAUUUUUUUCAUUGUUUCUUCUCCCACCCCUUUUUGGUUUUUCUUUAUUUUUUCUUUUUUUCUUUUUUUAUUCCUUUUUGUUUUAUUUCAGAAUAGUUCAGUUUUUUUAACCUUAUGAACUAUAAUUUUAGACCAUUUUUUUAUUAUGAAUAAAAGUUUUUGUUGUUUUUUCGUUGUUUCUAAACCGGCAUCCCCCCCCAAAAACUUUUCACUUUUCUUUUUCUUUUUUUCUUUUUUUCUUUCUCUUCCAUGUUCAUAGUUUAAUAUUUUAUUUCAAGUUAAACUCAUUUAAACAUGAAUAUCAAUAGCCAAUAAUGAUUUCACAAUGUAUAAAUAAUCAAAAAAGCAAAACAAAACAACAACAAAAAGAAAAGAAAAGAAAAGAAACAAACCAACUUUCCAUGAUGACAAUGAUGUCGUUUAGUCAAUCAAAUAAAUAAACAAACAAACCUAAAAGUAGUCAAUGGAGACUACGGUGUUUUGAAAGAUUGAAAUUUAUUUUGAAUAAUUUAAUCAAACUUAUAAAUAAGAUAAUGAAAAGGUAUCUAAGUGUUUCAUUGAGAAAAAUUUCAUAUCAUUUUAUAUCAUUCAUAAGUAAUUGUAAUAAUCAAAAGGAUAACAACAGUACUUAUACAAAAUAAACAAUAAAGUUGUUAAAUGUGUUUAUAAGUCAAAAGGGAAUUGAGGAGAUUUUACGAAUUUCACAGAUUGAAAUCAUGAGUUAAUUGAAGCUAGACCACUAUGGAAAACCUGUAAGCAUUGGACGGCCGUUUCGUCCUAGUAUGAGACUCCUCAGCAGUGCGCAUCCCAGAUCCCGCAUUCCGAGAGAUUCGAACCCAGGACCUAUCAGUCUCGCGCCAGGCGCUUAACCAACUAGACCACUGAGCUGGCGUCCAGCGGUGUUAAUGUGUAACUUCAACCAAUCCACGAAGUUGCGCCACCGUAUUUAUAAGUGAUAAAGUAUUUUACUAUGAUUUAGUAGUUGAAUACAUGAAUUCAUUGAAGUUAGAUCAAGAUGAACAAUCUAGAAAUCUAUGACCUAUAGAGUUUAAUCGAAUCUGUUGUGAGACAAUAACUCACUUAAGAGAAUAUUAGACGAUGGCGCAACUUUGUGAACUGGUUGAAGUUAGACAUUAACACCGUUGAAUGCUGGCAGUCUCAGUGGUUCAUGCGCGAGAGUCACAGGUCUUGGGUUCGAAUGUCACGAGGCGGUAUUGUAGAUGUGCACUGCUGAGGUGUCCCAUACUAAGACGAAACGGCUAUCCAUUACUUCCAGGUAUUCCAUGACGAUCUCGCUUCAACGAACUCAUAAAUUUAACCACUUAAUUACAAUGAUAUUCACAAAACCCCUCUCUAAUUUUGCUAUGAGUUUGUAUUUGAUUGAGAUCAUGAAUGGAUUGAUGUUAGAUCCCGCGAGCAGAAUCGUGAUGCGCACUGUCAAGGAGGAGUCCCACAACAGGAUGAAACGGCCGUCCAGUGCUUCCAGGUUUUCAAUGGUGGUUUAAAAUCAAUCGGUUCAUGAUCUCAAUAAAAAACCGAGUAAUCUUUACAACCCUAUACUGAUAAUUACCAUGUGCUCAACAGUGACUAGCUCCAUGACGGAAUUCUCGGAGUUCUGGUGGGAAACAGUGACUUCAGUAGAAUGGAAGAUAGCCGCGCAAUUUCAUGGAUUGGUUGAAGUUUGACGUUAACACUGUUGGUUACCGGCCAUAUCAGUGGUUUAAUGGUUAAGCGCUAGCGUGCAAAACUAAUACGUUCUGCGUUCGAACCUCAUGAAAACACACUGCUGAGGAGUCCCACAAUAGAAAGAAACGGUCGUCCAGUGCUUACUGGUUUUCAAUUAUGGUCUAACAUCAAUCGAUUCGUGAUCUCAAUCAAAAAAUUAAUAAUCUCCUUAACUCCAUACUGAUAUAAAUUUGUAAUAAGUUUGCGAUAAUCUCAAAAUAUUAUAGUAAAUAAAUAUUGUACCUAUAUAGUGGAUUUAGCCGACUUACUCCACAGGUAUCCACAAAGAUCUUGUUUAAUAUAUGAUAGAUGAAAAUGUAAAUAGCUAUCUCAUUCAUCGAACAUUGGUCUUCUUAUCACUCGUCGCUGUAUCAAUAACAAACCACUGCUGAGGUGAUGUACUUGUUUUUUUUGCUCCCGAUUUCUAUUGACAAUCAUUUCAUCAAUGUUUUAAAAACUCUUCACCAGCUGCAACCCUCGAAUUUAAACUGAGAAUUCAUGUGACAUGAAUAAUCCAUCUUCAUUCCUACUAUUCCAACAGUUAAGUAUUUACUCAUCUGAAACAUUCAAUGAGAAAUAUGAUCUGAAUUUGGAUGAGAUGAAGUAUUUAGUUCUAACAUAAAGCAGGAAGUUUACUAGUUCAUUAAUAUCUAGAUAUUACUGUAGACUUCUAGGUUUAGUUAGAAAGCUUGUGAGGCAGUCCGCACAGGAUGCACAUAUACCAAUAAGUGAGAGAGAUUAGUCAAUUUCAGUCCUGAUUAACAAUCGAAAGAUAAAAGUAAACAAUACCAAGUGAGCUUGAAAAUUUACCCUAGUUCACAAGCAGGUGGCUAUCAAAACUCAGUAACUGAAUGGAUAACAUGAUAGCGUUUGAAGCAGAUGGUACUGGGUUCGAAUCCCGGAGUGAACAUCAAGU